GUUAACCCUAGGUCUUCUACACAGAGUCACAGACUACUCCUCUGUCCUCUCCGUUUCUCACUUCCUCGUUUCUCUUCUCCCACCCCGACGUAGCCGACAGCCCACGCCCCACAGUCAACGACGCCAAGCCUCACUCACCGAGUUGCCGCACGCCCUCCGCAGUCUGGCCUCGGCGCCUCGCUGCCCACUCUGCAACCUGCGUAGGUCGACUACUCCUCCGUCCUCCGUCUUCACUCUCACAAAUUUGUUGCGUAGGUCGACUACUCCUCAGUCCUCUGUUUAAUAUUACAGUGCUGUGCUGCUUAAUAUAUUUAUUUUAAUAUAUAUAUUAGUUCUUCAUUCCCACAAUUAUUUGUAAUAUAUUUUGGUGGUGUGUUGCGUACUGUGCUGGCUUGCUGCGUACUGUCACUACUGUGCUGCUUAAUUAUUUUAAGGAGUGGUGUAGAUAGAUAAUAUUUUAAGUCAUAGAUUGAAGAAUGCAAUAGAGUUUCACAGGUUAAUAUAUAGAAAUUAGAAUCCUAAUCGCAUACUCCAACACCUUACUGGCAUAGUCUAUACCUCCAUACCUAGCCCGCAGCCGGCACUUCACGCAGCCACUCACUUACUCUCCUCGCCACCGACCACCGUAGCCUGAGCCCUGAAGUCUGAACGCUGUAGCCUCACUGUCAUUUACCACUGUUGAAGACCGACUUGCAACCACAGACAGAGUUGAUAUUCAUUUCUGAGCAGAUACUAGAUAAUGGCAGAUGAAGAUAAUAGAUCUAGAAGAGAACGCAGGAAGGAAGCUCGUUUAUCGAUGAACAAGAAGAAGUUUGAUUCAUGGCUUCAACAUCAUCAUAAAUCAUUGCCAGUUUUGAAGUCAAAGCAUGCAAAAAUACAGCAGGGGAUUGUAGGCCCAAAAAGUAGUGAGGCUAUGUCCAAGGAUUCUGAUAGUGAAGCAGAACAUAACAUUGAGCUUUCUCCAGUAGUGGAAAACACAGAAGUUAAGACAAACAAUUUGAAAAGGAAACGUGACUUAAGUUCAAACACAAGGUUCAAUGAAUAUCUGGAAAUGGAGAUGACAGGAGGGGUUAAUUCUGCAGAGGAUGAUAUGAGACUGGAAAGGAAACUUGCAAAGAAACUCAGAGUCAAGGAUGGGAAACUGAGUGGUGGUGAUGAUAUUAAUAUGUUAUUUGAAGGAAUUCCGUCUAUUCUUAACUCUGUUGGUGAAGUACAAGAAUUUUCAAAGGGUAAAAAGAGUCGCACUUCAGGCACGAAGAAGAAAUUAGUGGAUGUGGAUGUGAAUGUAGUGGGUGAAGUAGUUGAUAAAAGGGUUAGAAAAUCUGAUUCUAUAUCUGCUAGCUGCGAUGGCUAUAAUCAUAUAGAGGAAUUUGAUGGGUUAAAAGAAUUAGAUAAGCCAAAAAAGAAAAAAACAAAUUUUGAAAAGUACCUUGAAUUGGAAAAUGGCACAAGUUCAGCUGAGGAGGAUCUAGCUUUGGAGAAAAAGCUUGUGAAGAAGCUCAAGGUUAAGGGAGGGAAAUUAAAUCGAGAUGAUGAUGGUAUUAAUAUGUUAUUUGAUGGCAUUCCUUCUGCUCUUGAAUUGUUUGAGGGUGAAAAACUCCAAGGUCCUCGAAAGAUCUUGGAUGAAACAUUGCAUAUAAAAUCUAAAAGCUUGAAGUCAGUCAAACAAAAGCAAGUCAUAAAAGGAGAGCAAGAUCAGGAUCAGGUGUCUGUAAAGACAACUGAUAAAGCACUUAGAGCAUCUUACCCAGCAACGUCUUCAGGUAUUGAGAUGGGACUGGGAAGACUUGCUCAAGCUGCAUUUGGAGGAAAUACAAAAUAUAUUGCCCCACACUUGAGAUCUCAUAUGGGAAAUGAAUCACAAGACCAUGCUCAAAUUCGUAGACGAAUCCGAGGUCUUUUGAAUAGGCUCUCUGAAUCUAAUGUGGAAUCAAUUACUGGUGAUAUGUCUACAAUCUUCCAUACGGUUGAUUGCAGUCUUCGUUCAUUAAUUAUAAUUGAAGAGGUUUUGGCAUCAUGUUCCGGAGGUCCACGCGGCAAUGAACAAUAUGCAGCAGUAUUUGCAGCUUUUGUUGCUGGCAUGGCUAGCUUAGUUGGUAUUGACUUCAGUGCCAAGCUUCUAGCUUCUCUGGCAAGAAAUUUUGAGGAUGAGUACCUGAAAGAAGACACUAUGUCAUUGCGGAAUCUGACUCUUCUAUUUUCAUAUUUGUACACAUUUGGCGUUUUCUCUAGUGACUUAAUGUAUGACUUCUUGGUAAUUCUGAGUAAGAGACUGACAGAAGCUGAUGUUUCUACAAUUUUAGCAGUCUUACAAUCUUGUGGUAUGAAGUUGAGAGGUGAUGAUCCUGUUGGAAUGAAGAACUUUAUAAUUAGCAUUCAGAACAGGGUUAAUGAAUUGAAAACCUUAUCUAGAGAUGCACAAUCCAGUCUUGACAGCAAAAGGAUGGAGUUCAUGCUUGAGACAAUAUGUGAUAUAAAAAACAAUAAGAAGAGGCCCAAGGAGGAAACCAUGCAGCUUACCCGAAUAAAAAAAUGGCUACAGAAGCUCAGAGUGGAUGAUAUUCUACUUCGAGGAUUAAGGUGGAGCAAGCUUGUUGAUCCAGAUAAGAGAGGUCAGUGGUGGUUGUCUGGGGAUUUCAAUGUGAAUUCCAAUCAAAACAAUAUUAGGGAGGUUGCAAACACAAUUGACAUGGAGGUCGUUGAGACUCAAAAAAUGCUCCAGCUUGCUGCCACACAGAGGAUGAACACAGAUGCGAGGAGAGCAAUUUUCUGUGUAAUAAUGAGCGGUGAGGACUACAUUGAUGCAUUUGAGAAGCUUCUAAGAUUGGACUUGCCUGGGAAGCAGGAUAGGGAGAUAAUGCGAGUUCUGUUAGAAUGCUGCUUACAGGAGAAAGUAUUUAAUAAGUAUUAUUGUGCACUAGCAUCUAAGUUAUGCGGCCACGAUAAGAACCAUAAGUUUACUCUGCAGUAUUGCCUUUGGGACCAUUUCAAGGAAGUGGAAUCGAUGGAACUGAUGAGAUCAAUGCACCUCUCAAAAUUCAUUGCAGAGAUGCUCGCAUCUUAUACUCUUUCCCUUUCGGUCUUAAAGGUGGUUGAUCUAGGUGAUGUCACACAAUUAACUCCAAAAAGGAUUAUGCAUUUCCGUAUGCUUUUCGAAGCUAUCUUUGAGUUCCCAGAUAAACUAGUAUGGAACAUUUUUACUCGAAUUGCUUUGCCAGAGCAUGAGUCCCUUUGUAACGGGAUUGUCAUCUUUAUACGAGAAUAUGUUGCAAAUGGUAACAAGUCUCUAGCAGGUAAAUUCAAGAUUGCCAAGAAGGCCAUUAACAAUGUUGAAGGAGUACUAAUGUGAGCGCUGCUGAUGAGAUUAUAUUUAUUUAUAUAUGUAAUAGCAAAAUUUUGUUAAGUUUAGUUGAGGUACAUUUUUGGUACACUAUACUGCUUGCUUUAGAGCAUCCACACUAGUUUUUUUGGAUGACAAAGAAGAGAGAGAUGAUGAUUUGGAGAGAGGAGAAAUUUAUUUUUAGAAAGAAUUUAUUUUUU